UUUCAGGUGGCGAGGUGCUGGGGACGGUAUUGUUAAUGGAAAGAAGCCGAACACAAAUUCUCAUUUCUCACUUCUCUGUUUGCCCUAUCUGAACGAGAACUCGGGGCGAAGAAGAGAACUCGCCAUCGAAGGAGUGGAGGUCGCGGCCGGUUUUAGAUGGGACUCUAAAAGUCAAUGUGUAACUGCUGAAAAAUCUGUUAGGGACAAGUAUAUCAAGGUAAUCGAUAUAUAACAAGUGAUAACAGUUUGAGUUUCAGAACUGGUUCUCCAUGUGUGAAUUAGUGAACGCAUUCUAAGAUAAAAGCAGUUACCAAAUCUUAGGCAUGGCCCAAAGUUCAAGCAGAUCGUCAAGUGAAGUAUUUAUUAUUCACAAAUUGUUGCGUGCAUGGUGUGGCCAUGAUGAUACUAGUGGCAGGAAAUAGGAAGGAGAAACUGAACUCGAAACUGAUCACCAUUCUCCUCCUACACCUCUUCUGCUUUUAUUCCAUACACUUUGAUUCUCCAGCAAUCGGAACUCCAAAUCCAUCCUCAUGGAAGGAGAAGCUGUUGAUUUCCAGGACUGGGAACUGCUCCACAAGUCGGAGGAUGAUGCCCCACUCAUGGGUUCUGGGAAUUUUGCUGGUCUUGGAGUCGAAACUGAUGGUGGCAUGUUGAGGCAUGAUUACUUUUCUAUUGAUAGUGAAAACAAAUAUGCCAUGAAUAUUUCAGGAGAGGGUGAUGGCACUGAAGAGGGUUCUGUGGAGUCUGAUAACCCUAGCUGGGUUGAUCCUACCCUUGAAACCGGGCAGUAUAAGAGAAAUAAUUCAGGUGAGUUUUGGUCUGAUUCGAGCAGUGAUCGUUCUGAGGAGCAGAAGACCCAUGAGUUGGAAGUGACAAGCGAAUUGGCUUUGGCAGAAAUGAUGAAAAGCUGUGUGGAUUCUGGAGGGAUUGGGGAAAUAGAAGCAAAGAGUAAGAAUUUUGGUAAAUUAGGGUCUCAUGAUUUGAAUGUGACUGUGGAAUCAAAUAUUUUUGACAAUUCAAGAAGCCAAGUUACUGGGAAAGUUGAUUUGUUGAGCAAGAGCUUGGAGAAGUGCUUUUGUGAUUCUAGUGGUGAUGAUUUGGGAUUGGAUGAUAAUGUGAAUACUUUUGAGACAUCAGAGUCUUCUAAUGGAUUAAAUGGUGAUAUGGAUUCAGUGAAAUUGAUUCAAGAGGAGGAGCGUUCAACUGAGAGUAAGAGUAUUCAAUUAGCAGAAAUGAAAUCUGAUUUGACUCCAGAUGGUGCUGGAGGGAAGAGAAAAAUAGUAUGGUGGAAAGUUCCCUUGGAGGUCAUAAAAUACUGUGUUUUAAAGGUGAGCCCCGUGUGGUCUAUCUCUAUGGCUGCAGCUUUCAUUGGAUUUAUCAUAUUGGGAAGGAGAUUGUAUAAAAUGAAGCAGAAGAGUCCAAGCUUGAAGCUUAAGGUUACCAUGGAUGAUAAGAAGGUAUCUCAGUUCAUGAGCCGUGCUGCUCGUCUCAACGAAGCAUUUUCUGUCGUGAGACGUGUACCUGUGAUACGGCCAGCGCUGCCAGCUCCGGGGAUGACUCCUUGGGUUGUGAUGAGUAUGAGAUGAAGGCUAAGUUUCGUGGCAGGAAGCAUAGUAAAGUGCAAUAAUGGUUGUAAUAUAGAUACCAUCGCUUUUUAUUUGGAAGCACAUAUUUGUAUUAUGUUAUAGCUUUGAAAUUCUAUAGGUUUUCAGGGCCUUGAAUUAUUCCUGGCUUGCUUUUAUAUAUAUAUAUAUAUAUAUAUAUAUUGUACAAAUGAAUGAUAUGUCUCCAGUGUGUACUCAGUGUAAAGAACAAGCCUGAGUCAAAGGUUUAUAGCGCUUUAAUAUUAUUACUGAUGAUUUGUUGUAUCAUGCA